CAUCCCAUCCUCAUCCCUCUCACCAGUCUUUUUCCUCCGUUCUUCGUUUCCUUUCCAGAUCGCCUGCGGCGUAUCUCUCUCUCUCUCUCUGUUUUCUUGCUUCUCCGAUAUUCUCGUUCUCUCGUUCUCGAUUCCCGUUUCUUGAAGAAACCGAAACGAAUUCAAAAUGGUCCGCUUCUACAAAGUUUCCGCCGCGACCCUCGCGACUGCCGCCACCGUCUCCGCCAUCCCCAUCCCAUGCCUCCUUCCCUUCCUCAGCGGCGCUGGUAGCCUCUUUGGAAACUCCGGCCUGGGCGCCAGUCUCGGUCUCGGCGGUAGCGGCAGCGGUAGUGGAAGUGCUGGUGCUGGUCUCGGUGCUGACCUCGGCGCCGGUCUGAGCGGUAGCGCUGGUCUGGGUGCCGGUCUGGGCGCCAGUGCCACGGGUGCUGCGGGUGCUGGUGCUUCCGGCGGUGCUGGUCUGGGUGCUGGUCUGGGUGCUGGCCUUGGUGCUGACUUGGGUGCUGACCUGGGCGCCAACGCCGGCCUUGGUGCUGAUCUGGGAGGCUCUGCCACUGGCUCUGCCGGUGCGGGUGCCUCGGGUACCGCUGGUCUGGGUGCUGGUCUGGGUGCCAACCUUGGUGGAUCGGCUGAUUUGGGUGCCGAUCUGGGUGCUGGUCUGGGCGCGGGUCUGGGAGGUUCUGCCACUGGCGCGGCUGGCGCUGGUGCUUCCGGCGGUGCCGGCCUGGGUGCUGGUCUCGGCGCCAACCUUGGCGGUUCCGCUGGUCUGGGUGCCUCCGCUGGUCUCGGCGCUGGUCUUGGAGGAAGUGCCACCGGUGCUGCUGGCGCUGGUGCUUCUGGCGCCGCCGGUCUUGGUGGCUCCGCUGGUCUCGGUGGCAGUGCUACCGGUUCUCUCGGCGCUGGUGCUUCUGGUGCUGCCGGUCUUGGUGCCGGCGCUGGUCUUGGAGGAAGUGCCACCGGUUCUCUCGGCGCUGGUGCUUCUGGUGCUGCCGGUCUUGGUGCCGGCGCUGGUCUUGGAGGAAGUGCCACCGGUUCUCUCGGCGCUGGUGCUUCUGGUGCUGCCGGUCUUGGUGCCGGCGCUGGUCUUGGAGGAAGUGCCACCGGUUCUCUCGGCGCUGGUGCUUCUGGUGCUGCCGGUCUUGGUGGAUCUGCUGGUGCUGGUCUGGGUGCCGGUCUUGGAGGUAGCGUGACUGGUGCUGCCGGUGCGGGUGCCUCGGGUGCUGCUGGUCUCUCUGGUUCUGGUUCUGCUGGCCUUGGUGGCUCCGCUGGUCUCGGUGGCAGUGCUACCGGUGGUGCUGGCGCUGGUGCUUCCGGCGCUGCUGGUCUCUCUGGCUCCGGCUCCGGCUCUGGCUCCGGCUCCGCUGAUCUCUCUGGCUCCGGCUCGGCUGACCUCGGUGGCUCCGGCGGCGCGGAUGUUGGUGCCUCUGGCAGCGGCAGCGGCGAUGUGAGCGGUUCUGGCUCUGGCUCGACUGAUACUGGUGCUUCCGGCUCUGACAGCGGCUCCAGCGGUACUGAUGUCGGUGUUUCCCCCACGACUGCGGAUGUUCCCAGCGCCACCACCACUUGGGUCAGUGCCUCCACCAGCGUCUCUCUCGGUCCUUACGGCGGCGCCAGCGGCAGUGUCACUGCUGAAGGAUCCGAGGGUGGCGACGACGAUGACUCCUCCGACGACAGCGACGACUCCGGUGCUGAUACCGGUGCAGAUGCGGAUGGCAGCGCGGAUGCCGAUGCCGAUGCCGAUGCCAGCGCUGAUGCGAGCGCCGAUGCCAGCGCGGAUGCCGAUGCCUCUGCCAGCGGUAGUGGAAAUGCUAAUGCCAACGCUAGUGCUGGGGCCUCCGUUAGUGGUAGCGGUGAGGCCUCUGCUAGCGCUAAUGCGAAGGCUUCGGCGUCCUUGAGCUUCUCUGCCUAAGGAGUUUCGGAGUUCAUCAUGCCACUCGAGUGACACGUCCUCGACCACGGGAAUCGAUUGUUCAAAAUCAUUUGGGAUAUGUAUAGGGAUGGGAAGUUUUCAAUGUUGUCAUUCGUUCAUGAGUAUAUUGUCUAAUUAGUGUCGUUCUUU